AUGACAUUAUUUGAGCUAACAGAGAAGAUAAAAACAACCAUUGACAAAUCCCUGUAUGAUCCGCGUGAAAAGGCGAAACUACUUCAACUGGAGUACAUCGGUUACAAGGAGUUGAUAACUUUCUAUCAAGAAUGUCAUCCAACGCCAUCUCUUUUGUCAUUGAUCAAACAAACAAAACUAUAUAUACCUCCAUAUGAGACAUUCAAACAACCAAAAACCAAAGAGUACAUGCGAAUGAUGGAAAGACUACGUCUUGAAGCACAAGAAGCCGAGUACAAGAAGUUGAUUAAUCCCGCACCUCAACAUUCAACCUUGUAUGAUACCUCUAAUCAAGAAUAUAUAUCACCAGUGCAAGCUCACAAGGAAUUGAAAAACCAGUUGACUACUAUUGUCAAUGUUUUCAUAAGUGUUGGUAGUGUUUCAUAUGCCGUAUGGUAUUGGACUGCAUCCAGUUGGGGUUUGAAAGAUAGCUAUCGUGUAUUGUUGACGGUAUUUUUUGGAUUAUUGGUAUUGGUUGCUGAAGUUGUGGUGUAUAUGGGAUACUUGAAUAAAGUGGAGGAAGCUAGACUGAGGGAGUAUAACAAGAAGGAAGUCAAGAAAGUAAUCAAGUCAUACAAUGUGGUGAUGGAUUGA